UCCUUUUUUCCAAAUUAAUGUUUUUACACAGCUUCCAGACAGGUUUGUUCUUGAGUGGAUCUCAUACUCAACACCAACGCAGACCAUAUCAAUCCACACAGCGAACAGUAAGCAUAGCAAAGAUGAGUACUCUCAAUGGAGGAGCUGAUCAUGUGUUAGGAACAACUCAUAAGAAGGAGGAAUCACCCACUUUUCCAUAUAUUCAAGAAACUGCGAGGAAGAAUCCUUUCAAUGUUCCUGAAAGCUAUGUUAGAACUGAAGAACAAAUGGAAAAACACCUUUAUACGCCUCACCUUUCAUCUCACCUCCCAAUCAUUGAUUUUGGAUUACUCUCAAAUGGGAACAAAGAGGAGUUGUUAAAACUGGAUUUUGCUUGCAAAGAGUGGGGUUACUUUCAGAUAGUGAAUCAUGGCAUGCAAAUAGACCUGAUGCAGAGAGUGAAGGAUGCAGUAGCUGAGUUUUCCGAAUUAUCAAUAAAAGAGAAGAUCAAGUAUGCAAUGCCCCCAGAUGAUAUGCAAGGUUACGGGCAUACUUCAGUUGAUUGGUCUGAUUACCUAGUCUUGCUCGUUUACCCAACGCGGUUCAGGAAGCCUCAGUUUUGGCCUAAGGAAUUGAAGGAUACGAUAGACGCAUAUUCAAAUGAAAUUAAACGCAUUGGCGAGGAAGUUAUCAAUUCUCUGUCAUUGCUUUUGGGGUUGGAGGAACAUGGUCUUCUUGAUCUACAUAGAGAAGUACAUCAAGGUUUCCGUGUGAACUAUUACCCUCCUUGUAACACACCCGAGAAAGUACUAGGUGUGAGUCCGCACUCUGAUCCAAGGACCAUUGCAAUAGUUAUGCAAGACGAUGAUGUAUCAGGGACAGAAAUUCGAUACAAAAGAAAUUGGGUACCAAUUACUCCAAUACCAGGUGCUUUAGUGGUUAAUGUUGGAGAUGUAAUAGAGAUACUGAGUAAUGGCAAAUACAAGAGUGUGGAACAUAGAGCAAUCACAAAUAAGAACAAGAAAAGGACUACUUUUAUAUCAUAUUUGUUCCCUCAGGGUGAUGCUGAAAUCGGGGCAUUAGAUCAUAUGAUAGAUGAUCAAAAUCCCAAGAUGUACAAGGACACCACGUAUGGAGAGUAUUUGAGGCACGUGCUGAAUACGAAAUUGGAAGGAAAACCACAUAUCAAUGCAACAAAGAUAAAUGAAUGGAUAGGGGAAUAACAACUUUAUGAAAAGAAAAUAAACUUGUUCUGUCUCAUGUUACUUUUUCAUGUUCUGAAUUGUUCCUGAAUAAUUAUUAAUGAAUGAAGUUGUCCCUAUUUACUAAUAUGAUCACAUGAAGGCGUAACGAAUUGACAAGUCCAUAAGAGAGACUGAUGGGGUGACAGCUUAUUUUAGAAAGGAAAAAUGACUCAGCUAGUUCUAGAAGAAAAUAUGUUAUGCAUUUUGUUAUACUUUUACCCUUGUUGUGUGUAUGCAUCAGCCUAUAUAAAUCUUGUAUUCUCUCAUGAUUAGAAUCAAUGAAAAGUAUAACAAUUUCCUCUUC